CUGAGCACAGCCUCCUCUUGGUCUCUUCUGUGUUGAACCCAGCACCAUGGUAGCCCUGCUCCUUCUCCUCCAGGCGGCCUGCGUGUUCUCUGUGGGGGUUGGGCUGUGGGUCAUCGGCAGCCACUUCUUCACUGCGGACAUCCCUGCGGCCGUCGGCCACCCAGUGAAACUGCGGGUCCUGCAUUGUGUUUUCCAGCUGUUGUUGACUUGGGGCAUGAUUUUUGAGAAACUGGGAAUCUGCUCGAUGCCCCGGUUUGUCCGUUUCAUGCAUGAUCUGGUGCCACUCAAGGAGGACCCGGAUGUUGUGGUCACAGAUCUCUGCUACGGGACUAUCCCUGUGAAGCUGUACCAGCCCAAGGUGUUCUCCUGCACCCCCAGGCUCGGCAUCGUGUUCUACCACGGCGGCGGCAUGCUCAUAGGGAGCCUGAGAACCCACAAUGCCAUAUGCUGUCAUCUGUCCAAGAAGAGUGACUCGGUGGUUCUAGCGGUUGGAUACCGCAAGUUGCCCCAGCAUAAAUUCCCGGUGGCGCUAAGGGACUGCGUUGUAGCCACGACCCACUUCCUGAAGUCGCUGAAUAAGUACGGGGUGGAUCCAGAUCGGGUCGUGGUCUGUGGAGACAGUGUGGGAGGGGGAAUGGCAACGGUCAUUUGUCAGAGAUAUUUGGGCUGUCCAGAUCUCCCCAAGAUCCGUGCUCAGAUCCUGAUCUAUGCCAGUCUCCAAGCUGUGGAUUUUCAGCUCCCCUCCUAUCAGCAGAACAAGAAUGUCCCAUUGGCCAGUCGAGACUUCGCUUUCUACUGUUGGAGUACUGUCCUGGACAUCAAGCCCUCCUGGAAAAGCACCAUCAUGAAAGGCGCCCAUUUGCCUGCUGAAUUCUGGAAAAAGUAUAGAAAGUGGUUGGGUGCAGAAAACAUCCCGGAGAGGUUUAAGAAGAGACCCUACCAGCCGAAGACCUCUGAGCCCCUGAAUGAGUCUGCCUAUCUGGAGACAAGCCUUGCUCUGGAUUCAAUGAACUCACCCCUGAUUGCAGAAGAUGAAGUCGUGUCUCAGCUCCCCGAAACUUUCAUUGUGAGCUGUGAGUAUGACCUUCUCCGGGACGAUUCACUGUUGUACAAGAAGCGGUUGGAGGACCUGGGAGUCCCGGUGACUUGGCACCACAUGGAGGAUGGUUUCCAUGGGGUGCUUAGCACUUUAGAUAUGGGCUGUUUGCACUUUCCCUGCUCCAAGAGGAUUCUGGAUGCCAUGGUUCAUUUUCUAAAGGGGUUGUGACCAUCUUUCCUUCCUGGUAGAGCUACGAGAGUAUGCACGGCACCACCAUCUGGUUCCCCAAUCGGGCUCUCUCUUGUGAUAUAGGUGAUGCUGAAUGGGGCUAGGGAGGGUGUUGAGGUUGCCUUGUCCUUCUUGCUUCAGGUUCUAGAACUGCAGAAUGCAUGUUUCUGAUGUCUGAAGGGAGAGCAGUAGGAGAGAUAGGUUUGGGGGGAGGGUGGCACUGUGUUCAUGUUCACCACUGGGGAAAUUUGAGCUGACGGUCUGCAGUGGUCAUCUGAGAGUGAAUGGUCAUGCAAGUGUUGCCUCUGGCUUCCCUGAGGGAGAGUUCAGGCUGGUCUAGGCUGUGGGUAGCAGGAGUGUCCACUUGGCUGACCUUGGAAUGAAACAGGGACACAUCACAUGUAAUCCCAUGGGCUUUCUUCAAUCUAGCUUGGAGAAUGGGGCUCUGAUGUUCUAGACUGCUGGGUGGAGGUGGAGAAACUGCUGUCAUUCUCCUCCUCUGGGUAUGCAGUGACAUUUUCCCUGCUGUUCCUCUGCCUCUGAACUCAGAGUUUCAACUUUCUAGGCUGGAAGAGUUAGAACAGAAUGGCUAAGUUUUCUGUAGUGGCUGGCCCCUAGUGGCGAUGAAGACACCUGAUGGGGGGAAUUUGGGAGCUUUUGGAGUCAAAGGGGCCGAAGGGACUGAAGAUAUGUUAGCAAAACCUUUUUCUGUUUUAAGACACAAAACCAGCUCAGAUUGGCCUAAAUCAGAGAAAGAAUGUAUUGGUAGCUAUGAAUUCUAGGGAUAAAUCAGAUAUCGUUUGAUCCAGGAGCUCAAACAAUGCCACUAGCUGCAUUCUCUUUCCUCCAUUCUGUGCUCUGCUGCACAGACUGCCCCUUCAUCUCUGCAUAUGAUGGCCCUGAGCAGCUCCACACUCACAUUCUCGACAGUCGUGUGCCUCAUUCUCAGCCAGCCCAGCAGAAACCACAUUGUAACUCAAUGGCUCCAUUGGGUUUCUGAGUAGUAUGUCCAUAUGCCACAACCUAGGGGAUGGAAUGUUUUGACCAACCAGGCCCAUUUCCCAUGCCAGCCUUGGAGUGGAGGAUGGAGUCAGUUCCACCGGGUGCUUGGACUGAGCAUGAGAGAGGGAGGGAGUACUUUCCUCACAUCGAAGCUUACUUUUCUGCAGUAGACAUUGAUGCUUACUCUGCCAGGUGGACAUCAAUGCUUAUGCUACUACAAAAGCUAAACGAACCCUGAAUCAGAGUACUUGGAAGUGGCAAGAGAUGUUAAGGACCACUAGGCAAGUUGACCACCUGUCCCUGAGGAAUAAACAUUCCCAGGAAAGGUCAGGCCCAGGUUCCCAGGCUGGCCCUACCUGGUCUUCAGGACUGGUUGGCUAACGGCUUUUAUAGGCCAAGAUCCAAGUCUACUGCACAGAGGCCCCCGGGCAUGUCCUUAACUUGCUUUCAGUUGAAUGUUCUCGCUGAAACAUGGGGCAGAAAGGAAUCCCAUUUGGUGGCUUCUGGAUCCAUUCACAGCAGAAGACCAGCAGGUGUCUUUGUUGGAGAGAUAGGAACCACUCAUUGAAAGCACCUCAGCUGUUGGGCAAUCCUGGGAUCCGAGGAGCAUGGUCUCUUCUAGAAUAGGCCUCUGAGUUGAGUCUGGAGUAGGCUUCUGUCCUGGAGUAUGGUCUUCAUUGUUUCACCCUGUCUCUGCACAUAGGUAGAAGGACUGGGCUGACCUUGUGGGAACUUGGGUGGUUAGCUUUUCUACUGUGGGGUGGCGAGGAGUGUGGGAGCCACCGGAAGACCACGCCCAGAGGAGAGGAGUUGGUUGCAUUUUCAGGGCUGGAAGAGCCUCUGGAUUUAAAUUUCCAUCUCCCUGUGAUAAGAAAACAGCUCUUUUUUUUUUUUUAAAGAUUUUAUUUAUUUAUUUGAC